AUGGCUGAAGUAUUGGCUGUUUUCGCCGCCAUCCAAGCUACGACUCAACUCGUGGAACAAGCCUUCCGAAUUGUCGAUCGCCUUCGCAGGGCGUAUAGUCGUCAAAAAGCUCUGGCUGAGGUCUUGACUCGACACCGUAGCGAACUCGAAAGCAUCAAAGCGAUCAUCGGUAUUAUAGACGAUGAGGAAGAUUUGCAAAUCGCUACUGUGGCUACAGAACUAGUUCGACUGCAAGCCGUUCAGGUCAAGCUGGCCGAAUUGCUCGAAAACCUGGAUCCGAAGAUGACAAGUAAGAUGAAUCAGAUUGCACACCAGCUGACGUCUGGCUCGGCAGACGAGAAGAAACUGGGUGCCAUUAUGGACGAGCUGGUCCAAGUAAAGGCGAUGCUUGUGUUACGGAUCCAAGUCGCCCAUGUGGGAGUGAUACGUACCAUAGGGAAAGAAGCUGUGGCCAACGCUGAAGCGAUUCGACGAAUCGAUGAGUAUCUAAGGGAGCACGUCGAUAAUUGCGAGGGCCUCAGGAUCGCGAAAUUGUUGAAGGGCCGACGUCCGUCAAAUGAUGGCACUGUGCCAUUGACUCUUGCGGACCUCAAAGCUCUGAGCAACGAAGCUAAUGGCGAGGGCGAAGAUAGCGGAGACGAGACGCUUGUUGACGAUACUGAGAUGGCGCCACGAGAUUUGCCGGUCAAGACGGAGCGCAUUAUUACACGCAACACAGCGCGCAACCAGGCUCUUCAGAUUAAUGCUGCAGUUAUAGAGGACCUUUGGAAAGACGUGAACCAUCUUAAGAUUCAUGACAACGUCGCCGAAGACGAGAGUACGCAGGUCAACUAUGCCAUGAAUCGCGAGGUGUUUUCGAUGUUAGUUGAGCGACGGAACAAGGUCGUAGCAGCGCCCCGACAGAAGACGGCAGCGCGCGCGAAGAGAGCGUCUUGA